ACUUGGUCUGUGCUGUGUGUGCUGGCUGCGCACAAUGGGAGCGACCUUGAAUUCACCAUUUGAUUUGAUGCCAUUCAUUCUUCUUGAUUCAUUCGUUCAUUCCUAAAUGCGCCGGGCUCUGCUAUUAGGCUUUGUUAUUUUAUGUUUUUUCUUAGUUUCUAAAUGGAAUAAAGCAGCGUACCUGAUGAAUUGUAUUGAUUUUUGAUUGCAUAAUGAACAGCCAAGACAGAGGUCCUGCGAAGCGCAAGGUGAAACCAGUGGAGGCUCCACAGUCCUUGCUCGAUUUUGAUCUUGGCGAAGGGGAGAGCUCCGAUGACUCUGAUUUCCGCAUAGAAGACCAUCCAGAGGAAAGCGACGACUACUCCAUAAAUACAGACGAUGAAAAAAAAGAAGAUGGCAAAAGUGGCAGUUCUGAUGAUGAGUCUGAUUCGGACGACGAUGAGUUCAAAGCCUCUUCCAACAAGAUUGGAGAAGAGAUGUCCGUUGCUGACCUACUCGAGAAGGCUAAACAACAGGAUUUUAAGUUCCCAGGAGAUGUAGCAAACUUGUUGAUUUGUGCUGGGUGCCUCGGCUCGAGGAGUGAUGACUUCAAUGAGAUUGUUGAAUGUGAUGGGUGUGGAGUUACUGUGCAUGAAGGUUGUUAUGGUGUAUCCGAUGUGGCAAGUGAGUCCAGCACAAUCAGCUCAGCCUCCACUGAGCCAUGGUUCUGUGAGGCCUGCAAAGCUGGGGUCAAGGACCCUAACUGUGAACUAUGUCCUAACAAAGGUGGCAUAUUCAAAGAAACUGAAGUUGGAGCUUGGGUACAUCUUGUAUGUGCUCUGUAUGUACCUGGAGUAGCAUUUUCCGAGGUGGAGCGUCUAUCCGGCGUGACAUUGUUCGAGAUGGCGUAUUCCCGGUGGGGCGCGCGCUCCUGCGCCCUGUGCGAGGACGCGACUCUCGCGCGCACCGGUGUCUGCGUCGGCUGCGAUGCCGGACUCUGCAAGACUUUCUUUCAUGUUACUUGUGGUCAACGCGAAGGAUUGUUAGCAGAGGCGCAUUCAGAAGAGGCGGAGCAGGCUGAUCCGUUCUACGCACAUUGUAGGCUCCACUCCGACAAAACAUUGGUCAAGAAACGUAAGAGAAACUGGCUGGCACUACAGCUGCGGACUGCUAGAAGAAAAGUGGAUCUGCAGAACAAAUUGGGUUCAGAUGAAAAGCAGCGGAUACAACGGAAACUCGUCAAGUAUACAAGGAAAUAUUUGCAACAGAAAGAGAAUAGGAAUCCUCCAUGGGUUCCAACACAGAAGAUGGCACGUAUGUUAUACAGCAGUGCGUCGGCCAUGAGGAAGUUCCAACGCAAGGCCGAAUGCAUGGGCAUCGAUACGCACGCACUUGAGUUCCAAGAUGCUCAGAUGGCGGCACUCCGCGACGUGUCUCGCCGCUGGCACGUGCCGCCGGCGUUCUCAGUAGAGUUCGUCGGCUACUAUCUGGAACGCAACUCGCGCGUCACCUCGCUGCGUUGCUCGCUGGAACGACUCACCAAGGAAAACGAGAAGCUCUUGUCCGAGGACGAAGGCCUCAGGGCUGACUAUGAUGAGGCAUCCAAAGAAAAUACAGAGAGGUUAGCCGAACUGUUGUCAACUCGACAGUCUCUACAGAAGCUGUAUGACGUUAUCGUCGCACUCUGCCCUAAGAAGGUUCCCCCAGCGAUUCUAGAAGACAAGCCUCUCCUCCCGCCGGAGAUACCACGCUCCACGCCCAAAGUGACCCCGCAACAGUUGCAGAAACGGUCAAUGUCUGUGCCCACCGCGGCUGCACUUAAGAUGGGCGUUGGUUUUCCUCUUAGCGACAACCCGGACGCUCGCCAUGGAAAAGUGUUGUCGACGUCCUUCGAAGCGACGGGCGGCGUGGCGCGCGAGUGCGCGGUGUGCGCGCGCAGCAGCGAGCCGCACCUGAUGGCGGCGUGCGACACGUGCCGCCAGCACUACCACCUGCACUGCCUCAAGCCGCCGCUGCAGCGCCCGCCCAAAAAGAGCAAGCUCUAUGGCUGGCAAUGUUCCGAAUGCGACAAAACAUCAGACUCUGAACCCGAAGUUUUAGAGAAAAAGGUGCCGCGGCGUUCUCGUAUCCGGUACAGCAAAGAUGGCGCGAUUAUCCACGACCCGCCAAGUCCUGGCUCCACACACGGCUCGCCUCCCAAGGUGAAAGACAAACAUAAAACAGAGAGGAUCACCAAAGUCGCUACCCCUUCGGCUGAUAACGUAUCUCCGAUCAAAGUGACCAUAAAACCCUUCGAGUUUACCAGCGAUGAUAAUCUUGAAGUGAAAAUUAAGAAGGAUAAGAAGAUUAAAAAGUUGAAACAGAAGGAGCUCGCGGCCAGCUCCGGAGACAGCGAUUCUGUGAAGAAGUUGAAACGGAGUUUUACGUCUCCCGCGCUCACUAACACGCCUCUCAUGUCUAUCACGCCGAUAGUGGCUGACAGCCCCAACGACUCUCACAAUGAGAACUCCAACGCUUCUACCAACAUAGCUGCGGGUAAGCGCGAAGAUAGCUUCCUGCCGCAGAACUUGUCAUUCUCUUCGUUGCUAAACGAAUCGAAGGAGCGUGAUAGUAAAGCGAUUGAGAGUUCAAUUGAAAAUACUCUUGCGAACCUGUCGUCGGAUAUUGCUACGUAUAAAGCUAACAGGAAGAGGAGAAAGGAGAAGCAUAGGUCGAGGUACUCUCCAGACUUGCUUCGUUCGCCGUCGAAGUCGCACAAACACAAGAGGAAGAAGAAGACUCAGGAUAUGGAGAAUCCGGAUCCGCCUCACCCGAGGAUUACCAUCAAGAUCAAGCCGAUCCCUAAACCAGACGGGUCGUUGGACACGCAGAUGUUCUACGUUCCGACGGACAGUAACGAUGGGCCACCGCCGGCUGUCAUUAAGAAACAUUCGAAGCAUGCCGAUCAAGAACCGAAGCAAGUGGCGCCGCACCCCGCUGAAGUUCCACCCGCCACCGAAGCAACGGUCACCACUCCUCGGUCCCGCGCGGGUCGCGCUCGGGGCAGCGGCGCCGGCGGCGAGGCGGCCACCCCGGCUGGAGCGCUCACUCCCAUGACGCACUGCGACGUGUGCGCGCAGCCUGGGGACAACGCCAACCUUGUCAGGUGUGACGAGUGCUACAAGAGGUACCACUUCACCUGCCUGGAGCCCCCGCUCAACAAGAACCCUAAGAAGCGCGGAUACUCGUGGCAUUGCGCCGAUUGCGACCCCACGGACGUUGAAGAAAACAAUUGAAAAGUCGUCGCAAGUCCUCGGUUGUUUUGUCACAAAACUUUGUCUCCUAGAUUUGGUCUCAGUUAAGAACUGUUUCUGUAAUAAAUGUUAGCAUAAGCUUGCUUGUUAACUUGAAAAUAAAAUAAAAAAAGUUUGAUUUCUGAGUGACUUAUGUUUAAAUGGAUACAAUCGAAUUUUAUUUGCAAACGAUCAAAGUGUUUCCUGUGUAGUAAAGUAUUUAGUACCUAGGUACCUGUAUUUACAAUUAUAAUUAUGAUAAUAAAAGUCUUCUACAAAAUAAAACCGUACAUUUGAUUUAUCCUUCA